UAGCCGGUGGCGAAAAAGGCCUGCGGGACGUCGCGAGUAGUCGUCAAAAGUGCGAGAUUGCAAGGGAAGUAUCGAGCAGAGGGUUCGCGCUGAAUCGACACGUUGGCCCUGCCUGAUUAAUCAUGCGCAUCAAGAGGAAAACGUGAGAGAGAGCGUUCCGAGUAGCUCGUGACAGAGAGAGAGAGAGAGAAUGACGUUGGUCAGUGCUGAGCGGAACGUUUCCGCGAGGUAGAUCGUGCGAGAGACGAUGUAAAAACUUUGGGGGCAGACCAGUUAGUCGUUUCGGGCAAGCGUACCAGGCGGAAGAGAGGGCGUCGUGAGAAUGUGGUCCGCGGAAGUAUCGUUGUGAUCGCGUCGGGACAGCUAAAUUGAUCUGCGUGCGGCGGGGUGUCACCUCCGGAGAAGAUGUCGAGCACACCCCCGGAACCGGUGAGUCUGGACUCGGACUCACCGGAGGCUGGAUCGAACCAUCCGUCGUCGCGACUGGGCCGGGAGCCGGAGGACGCGGAGAAACGCGACGAAACGCGAGUAGGAACAGAGUGCAACGCCGACAGCGACUGCGAGAGCGACACGAGUGAGGUGUUGAGCGUCGGUAGCGAACCAACGCCGAACAGCGUGGUCGGGGUGCGCGUAUGCGGCUCCGUCAGGUACGACCAGGAGUCCGCGAGCAGCCGGGGCGAGUUUCGCGAUGAGGAGAACACGAGAACGUCGGCGACGCCGUCGCCGUCUAGUUCCACCAGUUGCAACGACCUCUAUUACCAACGUACGCCCGGCAAUCACGCACCGAGUCCACCCGGCUACAGCCAACCGCCAUCGUCCCCUACGGCGUCUUCCGUCAGAUCCCCGGCUUCCUCGUCGGCGACCGCCUCGUCCCCAGGUCGGCCGGAAGCCACCCAAGAGGCUAUCGUACCCAGGUAUCAAUCCAGUCAUCAGCAACACCUCCUCCCUCGAUACUCCUCCAGGGAAGCCGAGAUUUCCGACUAUCCGGCGCGUGUACAACACGGCCUGAGCCACGAGAUCGUUUACCCGACCGUCGAGAGGUUGCACCGUACACCGAUAAGUGUGCCCCUGGUAACGAGACUCUCGUUGUCGCCGCCGUCGGCCAUGACGGUUACCGGACUCCAGGCGACGACGCCCGUUCUCCAUCCCGCCGCCUGCAGGGACCCGCGGGAGGCCACCUCGCUGAUGCCGCAUCACAGCCAACACCUGCAUCAUGCGAACGCCCACACGACGCAUCUGCACCAGGGCUCGCAGGUGCAGCAUGUGCCGGCGAAUUCGGUGCACCAUCAUCGGCUGUCCGUCAGCAAGCUUCUCCAACGGGACCCCGGCAGUCCGGCGUCGCCCGGCGGCACCAGGGAGGAGAACGGACGUACCCUGGCCGCGACGAACGGCCUCCAGAACAGCAUCGGCAACAACGGUAACCAUCAUCACCACCAUCACCAUCACAACAACCACAACAAUAACAACAACAACAACCUGCAGCACCAGGCGGGUCUCAAGUUCAGUAUAGACAACAUUCUCAAGGCGGAUUUCGGCCGGAGGAUCACGGAUCCUAUCUCCCUGAAAAAAUCUCGUCCCAAGAAAGUGGCCUCGCGGCCGAUCGACCUGACCAAGGACUUCUUGGAAUCGUCCUCCGACGCUUCCGAGAGAAACGGCACGGAGACGACGACGACGACGACCGCGACGACCAACGCGUCUCCCACCAGCGUCUCAGCCGGAAACCCGGCACCCAAUCCUACCGGAUCGACCGGCACCGAUCCUGGGAAGAUGCUGUGGCCAGCGUGGGUCUACUGCACCAGAUACUCGGACAGGCCCUCCUCGGGAAGAAGACCGUCCCGUGUUCCAGGUCCACGCACGAGAAGAGUGAAAAGAACGGGCGACGGACGCGGCGGCGGUACCCCCGAGGAGAAACGUCCUCGAACGGCGUUCAGCGGUGAACAACUUGCGAGACUCAAGAGGGAGUUCGCGGAAAACCGAUACCUGACGGAGCGACGGCGGCAGCAGCUCUCGAGGGAUCUCGGCCUGAACGAGGCGCAGAUCAAGAUCUGGUUCCAGAACAAGAGGGCGAAAAUCAAGAAGGCCAGCGGUCAGAAAAAUCCGCUGGCGCUUCAGCUGAUGGCGCAGGGGCUCUACAAUCACUCAACAGUGCCGCUUACUAAGGAGGAAGAAGAGCAGGCCGCGGAGCUUCAAGCGAAAUGACGAUUAUAAGCGUGCGUACCUGCGAGCACGAAACUUAGCUCGGUCACUUCGCGAGCCCUGAAUUUCGCAUCUCUGUCCCGAAAGACGUUAUACGCGGAGAUCGAGCUACUAUUCGUCUGAGGUUUCGAUUUUUCCUGCGGCGGAUAAUUUCCUGAAAAAAAAAGUGAAGAUCGAAAAAAUCUAGAAGCGUCGAGUGAUUCACAACACGAAAGUACACUUUUGUAUAUUUCGGUGAGAAAAAGGUGGAAUAUUUAUUUCAACUCCACACGCGCGAAGUGAUCUUUUUUUGGACGCGGACAAUUUCUUUCUUAAAAAGCUGAACACCACUUAUUGGAAAAUUUCUCUUUCUCGUUUCACUGACUCAUCGAUUUUUCAGAAUAAGUCAUAACCAACCAAAGCGGCGUAAACCUCGGUGUUAUUUAAGAGGAGACGAAAUGAAGAUACGAUGUGUUUUACUUCGAGAAGUCAUAUUUUAGCCAGGAGUCGAAUAAGAGAGAAAAGGAAAAAAAAAAAGAGAGGAAAGAAAUUUGCAGGGCGGGGGCCAAAGUCCGCGCAAGAUCUGUCAUUUCCCUUCCUUACAAUGAAAGACUGGAGUAUUUAUUUCGCUAGACGUAUGAUUGUAGUACAACUCGUUAGACGUGUUCGGACGGCAAAACGGAUCAACCGGAGAAACCCUUGUUUUGUAAUUAGAGCUUCCGAUAAGACGACGUUCGGCGGAAAUCACUCGCCCUCGUUCGACGUAAUAAUCGCGAGAAGAAAGUCAGUUACCGAGAUGGCUACGCGAAUAAGCUACGGUCGCCGUUCCUUGCCAUCGCUUAGAAAGGAGAAGAGUGAAAAAAGAAGUAAGAAUUGCCGCGCAUGUUCCUGAAGCACGACACACAUUAGAUAUUGUUAAAUCAGAUUUUAUACGAAUAAAAAUCAACGAUCCCGUAAAAUAACGAAAUUCUCGGCAAUAUUAAAUAUCAAAUACAGUACUGUCCGACAAUAUUGUCCAAAAGAAAGGAAGUUACUAAUAAUACAACAAUAUGUAUCGUAAAGAGAAAUAAAUUCUUUCUAACCAAAAUGCCACAAUUUCAUCCGGUUCGACUUAAAAAAAUGAAACAUGUUCAACUCAACGCCUACGGAGGCAUACAGAGGUUAACAUAAUCACGAGGGAGAUUAACAAGUGCCAUUUUUUGCAAUUUCCCCAACAAGAUUGCGCGAAAACGCAACGAGGCAAGGUCGCCUCUUUCUCUCUCGUGACGAAAUUGAAAAUCGAGAUUGGGUAAGUUAAUAAAGGCGGAAAGGGAGGAGAACUUAGCUUUUUCGUUAAUUUAUUGUAAAAAUGUAAGAUAUUAUGUAACACGAAGGAGAGAAGAGACCGGAGUGAUUGCGACGUGCAAUAGAACAUUAUAUAUAUAUAGAAAAGGGGUGAGAGAAGCAGAUAGAGAUGAAGCUAUGUAUAGGUGUAUUGUAUAUGUAAUCCGCGCGGAGCAACGUUGUACAUAAUUUACCAUUUAGCGGCGGCAUCGUCUCGAUAGACUGUUUAAAAAAUAUAACUUAGUUAUUUAUUUACCUACGAUAUACGAGAAGCGUAGCGAGCACGCGCACCUGCGUGCGAAAACGAUCAGCGCG